AUGCCAGAGCACGAUCUUUUCUCUGUAAACGCGGUGCUUUUUGCCUUUGCCGAAAAUGGGCAUCUUGAUUCUGCCAAGGUAGUAUUUAGCAAAAUGCCUGCUCGCAACUUGGUGUCGUGGACGACGAUGCUGGGGGCUUUAUCUCAAUUCGCGGAUGUGGAAAGCACUUUUGAAGAGAUGCCGGAGCACGAUGUCGUCUCGUGCACUUGCGCAAUUGCAGCAUUCUCCCGUCACGGGCAUCUGGAGUCUUCUCUGGAGCUCUUCCACGCCAUGCGUGUGAGGAAUUUCUCGACUUGCACCGCAAUCCUCUCCGGCUACGUCCACUGCGGCCUCCUGAAAGAGUCCGAGCGCUUCUUUCACGAUCAAAUGCCACAGCACGAUCUUGUCUCCGUCACAACGCUGCUCGUCGCCUACACCCAAAGCCAACGCCUUGAGGAAGCCAGCUGCCUCUUUGAUUCUCUUCCGUACGUAGAUGCCGUGUGUUGGAACGCCAUAGCCACGGGACUUUCCCAGUGCGGCCUCCUGGACGAAACCACGAAAAUCCUCGACAAAAUGCCGCUUUCUCUUGCAAGGAAGGUGUUCCAAACGAUGCCCCUGCGCAGCGUUGAAUCCUUCAGUGUAAUGCUGACCGCAUAUGCCCAAGCCAGCAGCCCCAGCGACGUGUUUGAUUCCUUCGAAGAGAUGAAGAUAGUGGAGAUGCCCGACGAUUCCUGCUUCACUUUGGUGCUGAUGGCGAGCAGCCAAGUGGGCGAGCCCAAUGUCGGCGGCUCCUACUUCAACUCCAUGCGUCUGGAUUACGGGGUGGCGGCGAGAAAGCAACACUACUGCUGCAUCGUGGACAUGCUGGGGCGAGCGGGAUACCUGCAUGCGGCGGAAGAGCUUGUGCAAACCAUGCCUUUUCUUCCCAACUCGUGGGACUGGACGUCCAUGCUAAGUUCUUCCAGAGGCGAUAGAAUCUGGAAAAACGGUGCUCGAGUGACGAAACGAGCUUUGCUUUCGGGCCCCAGCGAUGGAGCUGCUCUUGUGCUGCUCGCACGCUCCUCAUGA